AGUAGUGAGAAACUCUAUGGGUAAAGGUAACGGUCAUGACGUAAUCCGUGACGUUGUGUUGCGUGCAUCCACCGCAUGCGCAUCCUGAUGAAAGAAAAGACCAAAAUAACGUUUAGGGGGGGCCAACUUAAGCAGGUGCGAGAGUGAAAUGUCUGGGAAGUCUAAUUUCACAAUUGACGAUGCCUUUGACCCAGACGACGACGACAUUGUCCGCACGUACGGUUCUACUACGGAGAGCACGCCGCUGAAACCACGGCAAGACAUGACAGCGACCGACAGCGUCGCCGUUCGGGUCGAGGAACCCAGGGACCGAAACAAUCGGAGCAGCUGCAGCAAACCUCUCAGGCUGAAGCUUCCUGAGGAGAACUUGUCGAAGGAUAGCGACUCCUUGAUCCAGUGUGACCAGAGCUUCCAGAAAUACGACGCCAGGGAUGGAUGGUGGACGCACCCCAAAGUGCGCGAAAACUGGAGAGUGAUGUUGGCAGCUUUUGGCCUGUUACUCGCUGGCCUAGGCCUCAUCGCUACUGGUAUAGUCGUGCAGAUAUUGCCAAGAGUUGGUGUCCAAGGUCUGGUCUUCUUUAUUGCUGGUGCCAUCUGUUUCAUUCCUGGAGCAUACCAUGUGGUGUAUGUGUACUGUGCUGUGAAGGGGUGCCCUGGCUAUGACUUCUACAAUCUACCAUUGUUUAACUAGACUUUGACUGUGGGCGAUCUGUGUUGACUAAAGUGGACCAGACUGAUUUUAUGCCAUGGAACACAGUCCACUGUCUUCCCUGCAUUAUUGUCUUUCAUCAUUUUUGGAGGCUUUGUGCAGAGAUCACUGGCAGUGAAAUGUUGAAGAAAUUUAAGCCAAAGGAACUGUUAUGUGUGUGCAUAUGUUGUGUUGUAUUUAUUAUAAGCUGCGUAAGAUUAUCCUUGACUUUGUGUCCGUGAAGUACAAUAAGCCCCUUGCAAGACUUGGUAUCUAUUGGGGGAGCGAAAUUGCUUAUUUACUCAUCGAGGCCAAGAUGCCAAUUUUCAUGGAAAGCAGAAGAGAAUUGGUAUCUGAUUUUUUUUCUCCCUGCUUCGAUAGCAUGCUGCACCCUUCAAAGCAUGUUCGCCAUUUGUAGUGUGUUGUGACAUUGAACUAUGACAUUUCUCUGUGCUUGCUAAGGUCUUAAUCCAGGAGGCAGCGUCCAUGCACAUUCAGUUCAACUGUGCCAGCAGAAUGUGAGAGCCAAGUGGCCAUUAUGGUAGAAGAAGCUCAUGAAUGGUUUGAGUAUUGCUCUGUGUAAGUGGGGGCACACAGUGGCAGUGAGGGUCUCUUGAUGCCAGGUCGUAACAUUCUGAAGUUAUAUUGUGGCAGCUCAACUCGAGAUUUAGAAAACCCGUGCUUAAGUGUGUGCUGUCUUGCCUUUUCAAGCUAAAACACAUUGCAGCUAUGGCUGCCACCAGUGACGCAGGUUUACAGUGUGGCGCAGCUCUCAGAUACAUGUUCGGCUUGAUGUCCCGCAACCUAUGUUCGCUGUCGGUGUAUGGUAGUGAACUGUUGUAAUGCAAUAUUUGUAUCCAUUCAUUCAAUUUCCAAUGACACAAGACAGACGUGAUUGUCACAGUGCGUCUAAUGGUUCACACUAACUCCAGGUUAAAAUACUCUUUGGCUGUGUGGCUAAGUUAAUAUUUAACAGGGAUAAGCGGGCUAGUUGGUGGUCGUUAUUGGAUUGCAUCAUGUAACCGCACAAAAACAAGGGACAAAGAAGGAACACACAGGAUGUCCUGUGUCGCACUUUAAUGUCCUGUGUGUUCCUUCUUUGUCCCUUGUUUUUGUGCGGUUACAUGAUGCAAUCCAAUAAGUUAAUAUCUUGUGAGACCUCAUUACUCGGCAUUUGAGUGUAGCAGCUAUUUUGCUUUGCCAUCAUCAUUACUUUCUGAUCCUGCCAUUCACAUUACAGGCAGUAGAGCUUUCAGCAGGUGUUAUUGCGUUUUGUUAUCUGCAUUCAUUAUUUAAUUAUAUUGCAUGUCAUUAUAGUAGUGAUUUACUGUACGAAUGACUUUUUCCCCUCGGUGUUUAGGUGGAAUUGUCACCCACACCAUAUGUUCAUAAGAACUGUGUGAGCUACCUCUGGGUGCAGCUGGUAUGAAAGGCUUUCACUGAAUGUUGCACAGUGCCAGGUAUACAAGGUCCUUUUUGCUGAAGUGCUGGCUUGUUAGUGCUCAAACUCCAGAUAGAGCUGGCAUUUUUUUGGUGGGUAUUUUCUUAUACCACAUCUAGGUGAAUUGCUCAGCUGGUUCACCCAAAAAUACAUCAAGUAUGCGUCAUCUGCUAUUACAGAAAAAAAGAAUUUGCAAUACUGAUGGUGCUAUCUCCCACUUUAAUGGCAAAACAAGGCAUGCAUCAUGUUUUGCCCUAUGAGAGAUAGUUCCACUGCUCUGUUCCUGAAAAUUCUAAAUUUUCUGCACAGAAAUCUUACAGACAAUGCACAUUUGUGAUUUAUCUGUACAAAACAGCUAAGUAAUGCACCCAAACAUGUUAUUAAACUGAAUUUGCUGCAGAAUGCCACCCUUGUGUGUAAUUCAAGCACCAAUGAGCGAGUGGUUCAACAGAAGACUUGUGUAUAUCUGGUGCUCCUUUUUAUGCAGCAUUCAGUAUACAUGUGUUGUGUGGUGUGGCUUGCAACAUUACAAUCACACAUGAUUGUGUGAGGCAAGUUACUUCUAGCCAACAUAUUCUGAUUGUGUGCCAACAUUUACUUCCUUAAUGUUCCUAUGAUUGUGUAUUUAAGUUUACAUUUACCACAUUGGUAGUGUUGCUAUUUAUAUACCCUUUCUUUGUAAGCAGCUGCAUGCUUUAAUGGUGAAUAGUAGUUGCACCAGAGUGUAUGUACUCUUGUCAAUGCCAUUCUCCAUGCAACUGAAUCCAUCUAGUCUCAUCACAGUUGCAGCCUAUGUUUUGAAGUAACUAAGCCUUGUGUUGUACACUCCUAUUUUAAGAACUGCGGAUGUUCAGAAUACAAGCUGUAACACUGAUAAGUAACUGUAUAGGACUUUCAGAGUUGGUCAACAUUGCAGGGGCAACCUUGCAGCUUUUACAGGCUCUUGAAUUGAUAGAGAAAGAAAAGGCAAUGUGCACAGGCCAUAUUAGAAGUUAGUGGGACUUGUGCAGGCAUGUACAUUAUCAGCAGUGUGAACAUCAGGCCCACAGUUCUAAUGGCCAUAUAUUAAUUUUGUCAGGCCUUAAGAAAAAAAAAAGCUCAAAAUAUUUAUGCAUAGGCUCAGGCAUUUUAAAUUGUGUCAUCUACAAACUUGUAUUUAUGUUUUACUGACUUUAAAAGUUUUACCAGUAAAGUGCGCUGUUUCACACUGUAUGCAAAUGUAGUCAAUGGAAAUGUUUUCUCUGAUGUCAGGAUUUCCCAACAAAUUAUUCUUAGACUGCAUGUCUAUUUUUCUGCAUAUUUUGUGUGCUGUAAUGGUGAAGUGUUUCCCUCACAUUUCUCACAUGUAAAUGGAAAGCACAAUUUCUUUUAUGGGUUAUUGGUUAAGGCUUUGCAUGGAGUAUCCUUUCGAAGCCUCAUGCCCUCUUUGAACCCUUCAAACAUGUGAACUUGGGGACUUCACUAUGGCCAAAUACCAUGCAGAAUGUGGUGCAUUCCAGCCAUAUUAUUUUAAUAAAAAUGCUCACUGUUCGUCAGAGCUUCAUGUACAAUUAUUUGGGACAGAGCUGUAAUAAAUACAAAUUCUUUUACCUGUGUA